UCCAAUCAAACGAUGUAUUCUCCCUCUCGUCAUGCAGUGUGUUUUUCGGUGGGUGUGUGAAGGAGGAGAUUUGAACUUUGAAUGCAGACACACGGCAGCAGGCAGCAGCUGAGAGAGCAGCAGUGGGAGCACGGAGCGGGGGAAAGUGUUCAGCUGUCUGGCAGCUUUUUACCACUUCACUGUUGUGACCCGGUCUCUUCUCACAGCUUAGGAUACACCAUGUCGUUCAUUCUCACAAAGAAAAAGAGGUUUAAAUUCAAAGUGGACUUCGACCUGGAGGAGCUGUCCUCGGUUCCCUUCGUAAACGGAGUCUUAUUCUGCAAAGUUAGACUCCUAGAUGGAGGCUUUGCUGCAGAGUCGUCUCGGGAGUCAGUCCAAGCCAACUGUGUGCACUGGAAGAAGAGAUUCUCUUUCAUGUGUAAGAUGAGUGCCAGUGCUGGGACAGGUGUACUAGACCCCUGUUUGUGCCGGGUGUCUGUCCGCAAGGAACUGAAGGGUGGAAAAACGUUUGCAAAGCUGGGCUUUGCUGACUUGAACCUGUCUGAGUUUGCUGGAUCUGGCAGCACUACACGGCGGUGUCUCCUAGAGGGAUAUGACACCAAGAACACCAGACAAGACAACUCAAUUCUGAAGGUUGUCAUCACCACACAGCUUAUGUCUGGAGACCCCUGUUUUAAAACUCCUCCAUCUACAGCUAUGACUCUGGGAAUCCCACAGGCUGUAGCAGAGUGUCUCCUUGAGGACAGAAAGGGAGGGGACAUGCACAUAUCCCAUUCACUCACUGAGACUCAAGGAAAGUCAGUAUCCGUUCCAGAGGAGCUGGUAGCUUAUGGUCACUCUAGAACACCCAGCUAUGCAAGUCAGCAGUCAAAAAUCUCAGGUUACAGCUCAAAUCACUCCAGUUUGACAGAUCUGAGCCAUCGGCGAAGCGCGUCAGGCGGUUCUGCCUCCACAGGCAUCGGCAGCAUCCUAGAAACCAAUGAUCACCAGGGGGAGAGAGGAGAAAGGGAGAGCAGGACCACUCCCCCAGUCUGUGCAACCCGUCACCAUGCCCCCGAACACCCCUCUACCCCUGCUAAAGUUCCAAGACAUUUAGUGAAGCAGAACUCUAUGGAGAAUCAGCUGAAGAGAGUUGAUGCCACCAGGGUGGAUGCUGAUGACAUAAUAGAGAAAAUCCUGCAGAGCCAGGAUUUCAGUCAUGGCUUCUUGGACUCCAGUGCAGAGGAGGAGGGGCUCAGCUUGUUUGUUGGUCCUGGUGGGAGUACAGCCUUGGGAAGCCAGCACACGAGGGUGGCAGCUGGAGCCUUUGAGCAGGUGGUGAUCAAGCGCUAGGCUUUGGGAAGCAUGUGGCUGUCAUGAAGGGUGCCGUAUUACACUGAUGCGGGAGACACAAGACUGAGUAGUGGAGGUGCCCCCAGAACUUGCUCCUGCCUGCAUCUGACCUACAGCGUCUGUUGACCAGGAUAGCCCUCUAGUGUUCAAGAAGUGGAGUUGAAGGCCACAUUAUUGGAACAUUUUGGUGACGGAGAUACACUAGUGUACUAACAUUUCUGUUAGUCUUGUGCUCUAUGAAACAAGUAAGACUAGGGGUUACUACUGUAAUUCUACACAUACUGUUCACCCAUCUUGGUGACAUUCCUUGACGUCCCAUCUAUUUAAAAUAAUAGAAAACUGACACUGUGGAAUUGGUGUUACAGCACCACUGUGUGUCUGUAGCUCAGUCCCAUUACAGAUACACCUCCAUUCACCUGGUUGUGAGUGAGGGUGACUGCAUUUAAAAUAUAAGUUAAAAUAUAAUUUUUUUAUGUUUUCUUUCAUUUGUUCCGAUUGGGUGUGUGUGUGUGUGUGUGUGUGUGUGUGUGUGCUUAUAUGACUGUUGUCUAUAAAGUCAAAAGCGAUGAAUUUAUUUUUACCACUGAUUUUGUAUAUGUGCUGCCACUUAACUGGUCAGAGCUAUAGUAUGUAAACUAUGUAUGUAGUCAGUUGUGUUAAGUUAUCUAUGUGUUGUUUUUAAGAUGGUAGAAUGUUGCUGUCGUAUUUAAGGCCAAAUAAAAAGUAUUUUUUUAAAAAGUG